CUAGACUAAUCUUUAAUGACUGUUCUGGUACAUUAAGCUAACAAAGCUUUAGACACAGGGUGUCCGCGGAUCCGUUAUGUAAACAUAAGACCUUAACUGUCAUUAAAAUGUCUUAAAUACACAUUUCUAAUACCGCUGUUGAGGGAGCAAUUGAUAAAAUUUGACCUAUUUUUUUUCCUCUCAUGGAAUGCAGAGUAGAUUUUUUUUUUCUUGCACUGUUGAAGCAAAUGGUAAUGCAAAAAUGAUAUUUGCUAUGGUCUCCCAUGUAUGUAUAUAGCCAUUUAAUAGGGGUGUAAAACGGUUCAAAUUGCUCACGGUUUGGUUUGUAUUUUUUAGGGUUACAUUUCUGUAUGGUUCGGUAUGUUCUGUGUUCAGGGAAAAAGGACUACUUUCACAUAAAAAUAAAGAAACAGCGCAAAUAAUCUAACUACAAUCAACAGCACAAAUAAAUAAAAUGGAGAAAAGAUACUAUAAACAGUGCAGGUAGGUCUAGUUCUCAGGUACAGCAAUUGAAUAAAGUGAUGUUUGACUAUAACUUAAUGGUUAAUCCUUAUAAAAGUUACAAAAGCUAUUCACUCAAGAGUUUUCCUUUUGUUGAUUGAUUAACAUUUGAAACAGACAGCAAGAAUAUUGAGCUGCUGUUACUUUUAGACAUAAUGCACAGGUUCAUUACACUGAUACUGAGUUUUACUGAUACUGAGUCUGAGUUUUGAAGAAGAGAUCACCUCAAAAUUCACUGAUUAAAUUCUUUUUGACAAUUUCCGAGCACCAUACGGUUGUGCUUCGCUGUAAUUUGGAUGCAUUUUAAAGAUCUAGCCUACACUUUUAUUACUGAAAUGCUGUUAAGUAUUAAGAGCAAUAUUUAAUCCCUACUCAAAAGAGAAAGAGAAGAAAAGCAUGUACGUAAACAUUUGAAAUGGGACAUUAUCAUGGCAGCAGCAAUUAUAUACAUUAAAAUAACAAAGCAGCAUGUCUGCCUCAUCAUCUGUAUAAGAGGCUGUAUUAACUUAUUAUUGCCGAUUUUCACAUUUUAAAAUGACAUCACUUUGAUAUAACAUAAAAGACAGAAAACCAUUUUAACUAUAAUGUCUAUAUCUUCCUAUUUUUUUCCUAUUUUUAAACAGGAGAUUUAAAUAAUUAAAAUAUAAUUAGGAUAUUAUUUUUACUGUUAUUAAAUGAAAUAUAAAUUUAUUAUUCCAAUUAUAUGACAUUUUAUUUACAGCAGACAAUCAUGUGACAGACCACAUGAUCAGCGCAUUCCCGGGUUCAUAGGUUCACAAAACUCGCCCCAUCCAUUGUAAAUAAAUCACCAUCCGAAUGCAUGAGUUUAAUCACUGAGGUGAUAUGCAAAUGUAUUUUACGUACGUCCACAUGAGAAACAAUACCAUCCGAAUAGGGCUUAAAGUCUGCUAGGAUACUCAUCAAGACGGGCAUGUUGACAUAAUUUUGUUUGACUGAAGUGACAUGCAGGUCUUGUUUUUUAAUACCAUUUCAAGACCUUUCCAAAAAAAAAAAAAAAAAGUGCUGAUACCUGCAGAUUUCCUGUAGACAGCCCAUCAGAUUCAGUGGCUAUAGUUAUUCAUAAGAGCUAUGAAAUAAUGUAGAUUAGACAAACAUUUUCCACAAUACAAUUAAAGUCGCCAUGAAAUCAAAAUUGACAAUUUUUAUUUUUUUUAUGGAAUAUUGUAGUAUUUAUUACAAAAAAAUGUAUCCGUGCACUUCAUUAGUUUUUUAAAAUUCACGUGCCCUCGUAAUCUUUAAUCAAAACAUUAAUCUCCCCUCCCCCUCAAAACAACUCGUCUCUUCCUGUCACAUGCUAUGACUCGAGGGCAGAGCUAUCUGGAACUGCCAGCAGAUCCUGUGAUAUAAGGGGUAAAUGCUGCCGCUGGGGUCUGAUGAAAGUCAAAGAAGAAAGCCAAGAUCUGAAUGAAGUGGAGGAGGAACAUCAGAUUCAGAAAGCUCAUAAUGUCACCGUUGGAGAGAAAUUAGUUAGUUGCUACAAAACUGAAAACAAUUACUCACAAAGCAGUGUUCAAAACAUAGAAGUCAAAAAGACUUUCACCUGUUCUCAGUGUGGAAAAACUUUCAAACAUAAAGGAAACCUUAAGAAACACAUGUUAAUUCAUGCUGGAAUAACGCCGUUCACCUGCUCUCAGUGUGGAAAGAGUUUUACACACAAAAGUCAUCUUAAUGAGCAUGAGCGUAGUCACUCUUCAGAAAAGCCUUUCGCCUGCUCUCAGUGUGGAAAGAGUUUUAAACAGAGACACCAUCUUAAAGAGCAUGUGCUAAUUCACACUUCUAAAAGGGCUUUCACCUGCUCUCAGUGUGGAAACACUUACACACACACAAGAGGCCUUAAGUAUCACAUGGUAAUUCACACAGGAGUAAAGCCUUUCACCUGCUCCCAGUGUGGAAAGUGUUUUAUAUAUAAAGCACAACUUAAUGAGCAUGAGCGUGUUCACACUUCAGAAAAGCCUUUUUCCUGCUCUCAGUGUGGAAACACUUUCAGACGUAAAAGAAACCUUAACAGUCACAUGCUAAUUCAUGCUGGAAUAAAGCCUUUCGUGUGCUCCCAUUGUGGAAAGAGUUUUAGACAGAAACAACAACUUAAUGCACAUUUGGUAAUUCAUGCUUCAGAAAAGCCUUUCACCUGCCCUCAGUGUGGAAACACUUUCACACGUAAAGCAUCCUUUAAGGAUCACAUGUUAAGUCAUGCUAAGAAAAAGCCUUACACCUGCUCUCAGUGUGGAAACUCUUAUGCAUUUAAAGACAGCCUGAAGCAGCACAUGUUAAGUCAUGCUGGAAUAAAGCCUUUCAGCUGCUCUCAGUGUGGAAAGAGUUUCACCCGUAAACCAGGAUUUAUUCGUCACAUGAGAAUUCACACUAAAGAGAUGCCUUAUGCAUGUCAUCUGUGUGGGAAGAAUUUUAAAUGGAAAACAAGUCUCAAAGCUCAUCUGGACUCUCACUCUCACUCUGAACCAAAGCAAUUUAACUGUGCUGUGUAAAGAUGGACAUUGUUAAGGUUUUAAUGGUAUCACUACUGUUGCCGAUGCUGUUUGUCAAUUCGGUACUUAAACGUUCUUUUUGGUGUUUAACUCUUUCCCCUCAAUUUCUGUCAUUUAUGUGGAAGCGCUUCUCCAUUGACAAUUUUCAGGCUUUUCUUGUUUUCACUGUUAUACAGUAGGGGGCGCUAUGACACAUCUUCAGAAAGAGUACCGAAUCUCCUGAUCAGAACACAUGCGAAGAAGACGCAGAAACCAGCGUUAUCAUAUCUAAUCAAAUGUAUAUAUGUACAAUAACCCAGGAUGAGCCGUAGGACUGUGAAGCAUUGGUGGUGUUGAUGGACUCGAUCUACUCAAUCUAUGUUUUGAUCAUUGUUCUGAAUCACAUCUGAAUCACAAAUGUUAUUUUCUCAGCUUUUUGCUCAAAAUGUUGCUUUUUUUUUAUGAAACUUACAUUCAUAUGUUGAUUAAAAAACGACUGCAUGAAGCUAGAAUAGAA